AAUUCUAUGCAUCACAGCAUCACAGACCAGGUUUCAGCUCGGACCAGUUUAAGAUUGUCUGACAGACUUGUUUGCUGCUCAACAGAUACACUAUUUUAGUAUUUUGUCACAUCAAUGUCCACAAAAGAGAGAGAGACACACACACACACACACACACACACACACACACACAAAUCAGAGAGUAUGAAGGUAGAGGAGUGUGGAUCGGAGGUGUAGAAGAAGAAGGGAGGCAAUCGGUGAGGGAGGAGGAGAGAAACUGAGGAGUUCAGUCACUUCCGCAAUCUGGACCAUGUGAGCUACCGGGACUGAAGACUAUUUGCUCCCGUUUGGACCCCGCAUCCUGCGGGAUAAAGCAGCAGCAGCAGAGAUCUAGCGAUAGAGAGAGUCCAGAGUCCGGGGGGGAGACAUCAGUGGCUCAGUGCACAUUUCGGGGUCUCCCAGCGGCUGAAGGCACAGACAAUCCCCCGAAAAGAGAGCGCAGAUCAGCCGGGAACAUGACUGCAGACGUGGCAGUGUCUCUGUUUUUGCUCGCAGUGAUCGUCGCGCUGAGCGACGUGACCCGCAGAUUGUUGUCCAGGGCCCUCGCGGACACCGGGCUCUCGGUGUACGCGGUGGAGCUCGUGUCCACCUUCCAGCUGUGCUGCUGCACGCACGAGCUCAAGCUGCUGUCCGAGGUGGGCGGGAUCGAGACUCGACUCGCGCUCACUUUGACGUACCUGGCGUCCGUGGUCCACGGGCUCACCUUCAGCGGGGCUAUCGGCAACCCCUCCGGUACGCUCGAGCACGCGUACCGCGCCAGGUUCUCGGGCGGUUGCGCCCUGGGGCGGAUCGCGUGCCAGUUCGCCGCGGCCGCCGCCGCACGAGCAGCAGUGCCGGUGAUCUGGGGUAUUGGGUUGUCGGGACUGCACGUGCGACACAAGCUGGACGGUUACCGGUGCAUCAGCCCCAUCCAUGCUCCGCUGCCCGAGGCUGCAGCCGUGGAGCUCGCAUGCGCCUUUGCGGUUCAGACCGCUAUAACCCACACGCGAUCGGUGGAGGAGAAAUACCGCGUGCACGCGGUUGCUGCGGUCAUCGCGACAGUGGUUUAUGCAGGUGGAAGCGCGACAGGAGCCGUGUUUAACCCGGCGCUGGCCUUCUCCACACAGUUUCGCUGCAGUGGAAACUCCUUCCUGGAGUAUUCUCUGGUCUACUGGCUGAGCCCCCUGCUGGGUAUGAUGAGCUCAGUGCUGCUGUUUGAUAAACUCGUCCCCCUGCGGUCGAUAAAAUCAUCGGCUCUCCAUCUCCCCCUGGAGACCAAGAAGAGGGCAUGAGCAUCGCCGGCCUGGCAGCAUUUCAAACCCAGAGCACAUGUGGGGAUGUUGUAACCGAUACACUGUUAACAACACUGCUGAUUUCAAUCGCCAUGAGUUAGAAGAAGAACAGCACUGAUAUGCACUUUUUUUAAAGACUUCAAGACCUCAAGAGCACAUCUUAGAAGCUAGAAAAGAAAACUAAAGACUAAUUAUAGUGUUUUUGUAAGAUAGAUCUCCUAAAGAAGGCAUGCAGAAAUUGAUGGACCAUUUAUCUUGACUUUACGAGGUGGUUGGUUGAACAUUAAAAGUCAUUGCGAUGCUUGAGUUCUUUUCAAUUUAAAACCUUUUAGACUCUUUGAACCCUUUGUUUUUUCGGAUCACCACCUCAGAGCCAACAUCAACUGCUCCAAAUGCACACUGUAAAUGUCAAAUGUCUGUCCCUAGUAUAUCUACCAUUAUAACUAACAAAAGGUUUGCCUUGUACUUGGACUUUUAGGCAGAUUACAGCAUGUCAGUGUGAAAUUCUGCAAAAAAAGUGUUGUAUUUACAAUAAGUUGCCAAGUUUUUUGUGUAAUAGAACAAUUCACUUCACGCCAAUUCACUAAUUAAUCAACAUUUACGAUGGAAAGAUGAGAUUUAUGAAAUGUUCUAACUUAAGUAUGAUAUUACUUUAUUUGUAUAACACUUCUUAACAAAUUUACAAAGUGCUUAACAGAAAAAUGAUUGUUUGUACCUGAUUUGACAUUCCAGAGCCAAGCACAUUGUAGGCAUGUACUGUACACACGUCUUGGGUUAGCUCUGCACAUAUUUAACUGGUGCCUUUGUAUUCUCUGUAAAAACUGGAAAGGCAGAUUAAAUUACUGUUUUGUCAGACCCCA